GAAAUUGAAAAAUCAAUUAAGAUUCGCGCUUAAUUUAAUCAGAAAAUUGAGUUGGUUAUAAAUGUGACUGGAGUAUUUAUCGAAUUAUGCAACAGUGAAAUCAAAUAUCAUGAGAAAUUUAAAACAUUUUAAUAAUAAAGUUGCGAACAAAUGUCAUCUACAAUUAUACCAUUUAUCAUUCUUGUAAGGAUGGUUACCGCAAAAUGGCCGAAUCCAGAAAACGAUACCCUGAUAUAUAUAGCAAAUCCGGUGGAGUCAGACAUGCCCGGUCACUGGAUGCCACUCAGCGUUAUGAAGAUUAUACUCGGAGGAACACCAAAACCUGUCAAGAAACUUAUACAUAAACCAUCUUCAACAACGCAUAAACCAACUACUGUUAAGGCGACAACAGAAAUAACAAUGCCACCGGAGACACCAGUUUUACCUUUGCCAACUGUACCUACAACAAAACCAACCACGACACCAGCACCUGCACCGGCACCAGAACCACCACCAGCUCCACCAACAACCACAACGACAGAAAAAUCGACAACUGAGCCAUUAAAACCAACAACACUCCCACCUCCUCCGACAACGACAAGUCCUCUUCCUCAGACACCCACAACUUCUCCUCCUCCUCCACCGACAACUCCUCCUCCUCCAACGACAGUUCCUCCCCCAACGACAGUUCCUCCCCCUCCUCCUCCUCCUCCGACAACUACAACAACGACAACUACACCACCUCCAACAACAACUACCAAAAAAGGACCACAACGAAAACCGAAAGCAGCUACGGAUGGUCAUGAAAAUAGGCCUAAUUAAACUUUAGUAAAUAUUUAAAAAACACCUUAAUUUUUAAGGUUAUGUUAUUAAGUAGUUAUAUAAGUCACAUAUAAUGUUCUUUUGAAUAUGUAUGAUAAAACACGUCUAAUACAAAAAUUAUUAAUUUACGUCAAGCAAGAUUCAAAUUUUUUAAAUAUUAUUAUGAAAAUUAAAUUCGGCGACGUAAAAGUAUUUGAUUAAAGUAUAAAGUUAAGCCUUCCAUUGUGACAUUUCCUGCUUUACGACAGAAGUUCCGGGGACGUCCGCAGGUGUCAGCAGUGCUGAAUUAGCGUCCCGGCGGGAACGGUUUAUGAAGAAUAACGAUUCUGUGGCAAAUAAAAAGUUUAAAGUC